AUGCUCCAUGAAUUCUGGAGAAAUGAAUUGACGGAAGAUGCGGAGGAUAUAGAUGAACGAAGAAUGCUCCAACUAUAUGAGCAGCGACAAACGGUACGUCAAAGAACUCAAAGUUCUUCCAAUAGAACACAGAGGAGAAGGUAUUUGAAUCGGGAUCGUGAAGUUGGAGAUGCUCAUCUUUUCAAUGAUUACUUUUUUGAUGAUCUGGUAUAUCCUGAUGACAUAUUUCGACGUCGAUUUCUAAUGCAAAAAGAGUUAUUCCUUCGUAUAGUUGAUGCCGUGAAAAAUCAUUCCAAAUAUUUUCAAUGGAAGGCCGAUGCAACGGGGAAAAAGGGUUUGUCACCACUUCAGAAAUGCACAGUGGCUAUUCGUCAAUUGGCGUAUGGAGUCCCUGCUGAUCAGUAUGAUGAGUAUCUACGGAUUGCUGAAACAACUAUCAUCCAAUGUUUAUUCAACUUUUGUCGAUGUGUAAUUGAAGUGUUCAGGGCUCAAUAUUUAAGAAGACCUAAUGCUGCUGAUAUCCAACACUUGCUUGAAAUGCAUGAGCAGAGACAUAGUUUCCCUGAUAUGUUGGGCAGUCUUGAUUGGUCACGUAAUGAUAUCAAUGUGCUUAACGAAUCGCCGUUAUUCAAUGACGUCUUACAAGGGAAUGCACCCGAGCCAUCGAGAUGCUCAAAUCAAACUGCAGUUACUGUUAAUGGAUUUAAUAGUUGGAAGAAAGUUCGAAAUGGAAAAGCUCGUGCUUUCCUCAGCCAUAUAGGGAAAGAUAAUGUAUCUUCACCCCAUCGUAAUGCUGAAAAGGAAUGUGAGGAUUUGAUGAACCAACCACAACACAUAUCAAGGAGAUUUGACAAUUUUAAUGAUGAACAAAUCGCAACUAAUCGUCUUCGAUUAAAGGCUCGCAUACAUGUGGUGUUGUUGCUUGCAUUUCAAGGAAUUCCAUUUAAAGGCCAUGAUGAGAAAUCUAGUUCAUCUAAUCGUGGCAAUUUUCUUGAAUUUUUGGAUGUGUUAAGCAUGUACAAUGAUGAACUUUCAAAGGCAAUUGCGAAAGCUCCAAAAAAUGCCAAGUAUACAAGUCACGAUAUUCAGAAACAAAUACUUCAUGUACUUUCAAUGAGAGUGAAAAAUGUAAUUCAUGAAGAAAUUGGAGUUGCCAAGUAUUACAUAAUUGUUGAUGAAGCCCGAGAUGAGUCAAAAAGAGAGCAAGUGUCUAUAGUAUUGAGGUUCGUGGAUACUAAUGGAUUCAUUCAAGAGCAUUUUUUUGGGCUUAUUCAUGUAUCUGAUACUGCAGCUUUGACUUUAAAGGAUGCUAUAUAUUCUUCUUUGGCUCACUACAAUUUGGAUGUUCAAAAUAUUAGAGGUCAAGGCUAUGAUGGUUCUAGUAAUAUGAGGGGCGAGUUUAAUGGAUUGCAAGUUUUAAUCAUAAAAGAUUGUAGAAGUGCUUAUUAUGUUCAUUGCUUUGCUCAUCGGUUACAAUUGGCUUUAGUUGCAACAUUAAAAAAUGUGACACCUAUUCAUCAAUUUUUUGAUAGAUUAACUUUUAUAGUUAAUAUUGUUGGUUCUUCAUGCAAGCAUAAUGAUGAAUUGAAGAAUGCUCAUGCAGAUGACAUUGCACAUUUGAUUGCUAUUAAUGAACUCGAGACAGGCUUAAUUAAGAUGUUUAGUGCAUCGUGUAUGGUAUUGCUUAAGGUUAUGGAUGAUGGACUUCCUUCUCAACGAGCAGAUGCAACAUCUAUUUAUGAUGAAAUGACUUCUUUUGAUUUUGUAUUCAUCUUGCAUCUUAUGAAAGAGAUCAUGGGAAUCACAGAUAUCCUUUGUCAAACUUUACAAAGUAAGUCUCAGGAUAUUAUAAAUGCAAUGAAGCUUGUAUUAUCUACUAAGAAUUUACUUCAACAAAUGAGGGAUAACAGACGAGGUCGAGCCCGUGCUCGUCAAGACAAUUUCACCAUUGAGCAUCAUUAUCAGGUAGACCUCUUUUAUGCUUCAAUAGAUUCACAGUUGCAAGAAAUUAAUGGGCGCUUUAGUGAUGAUGCUAUGGAAUUGCUUAUUCUUAGUAAUGCCUUAAAUCCUCAAAAUGCAGUGGAGUCUUUCAAAGUUGAGGAUAUAUGUAAAUUAGUUGAAAAAUUUUAUGCCGAAGACUUUACAAGAGAUGAAAAAGAGCAAUUAGAGAUGCAAUUGAAGCAUUACGAGUAUAAUAUAGUCAAAGGGCCCAACUACAACAAUCUUGCAACUAUUUCAGAAUUAUGUCAAUGGUUGGUGAAGACUAACAAGUCUGUUACAUACAAUCUCAGUUUUAGAGUGAUUGUACUUGUGCUUACUCUUCCAGUUUCCACUGCUACUACAGAACAAUCAUUUUCUGCGAUGAAUAUCGUGAAAACAAGGCUUCGGAGCAAAAUGGAGGAUGGUUUUCUCUCAGACGCGUUAAUGAUAUAUAUUGAGCGAGAAAUUGCUAGAAAUGUGAUCAUAGAAGCUAUCAUUGAAGACUUCGAAAACUUAAAAGAACGUCGAAUUCCUUUUAGUUAG